CCAGUGGUGGAGGGGGGGUCAUGCGAUUUGGUUCCCCAGCGUUUUUAGUUGCGAAGUUUUUUCCUUCGACGGUCGCUUCCCCUCCUCCCGACGGAGCGCCGGCGCGAUUGUCAAUAGUUGGUCCUUUGCCCGUUCCCUGGCCCUGGCUGCGGUCCUCGCACGAUGCGCCGCGCGCCCGCGCGCGCCGAAGUUCGCUGGCGAACACGUUGGCGAUGAUGCCGGACGAGGUGGACAGCGCGGGCCCGUUGGAGCUGCUGGUGCACGCGAAUCUCCUGGUGGGCCUCGCUUGGGCUCUGCUGACUGGCAGGUCGGCCUACGAGGGCUGGGCUGCUUGCGGGCCCGCCGUGCGCAGCCUGACGACGGUGGUGCUGGCGUUCGCGUCGCUGGCCCGACUGAACCGCGAGUACCGCAACGUGCGCCGCAGCGCCUGCACGGCGCUCAGCCUGCAGCUGUGGGACGCUCUCCUCGUCCGCAUUGGCAUCGAGCGGCUGCCUGACGUGUGGGGCGCAGGAGACCGCGUGCUGCUACUUCUACUUCGUGGCACCACGUAUAUUGUGGAGGCUGCCGGGAUCGCGAUGCCCAUCUUGUUGUGGUUGGGAAGCGUCCACGUGGGCCUGGGCCUUAUGUGGGCGCACUGCGUGGUGCUGACGCUCAUUACGGCGUUCGACCUGCCCUGCUUGGUCGUGGCUUGCAUGCCGUUUUGGGUCCCGCCCCGGCACGCGCUGGCGCUCCGCUGGGUGACGUUGACCCCACUGGCGAGGUGUUGCAGCAUCACGCUCACCCUGCUGCUGGCGCCGUUUUCGCCGCCCGGCGCUUCUCGCAUGGACCACCGACACCGCAUCGCCGCGCUGCUGUGGCUCAUCGCAGCCUGCCCGCUGCAGUACACGGCGACCGCCGGGCUGUCAGAGCUGGGGGACCCGCAGUGUUGUUGCGACCUCGCACAGCAGGAAGACGGAACGAUCGUGCAGCAGGAGGGCGCGAGGGGAUUAUGUUCGUUGUUCUCUCCAUCCUUCACGUCUGCAUCCUCAGCAUAUCAUGAGCAGCAUGGUUGCCACCAGGCGGACCGACGAAAGGAGUUAAUGCCCCAGCACGAGCCACACGGUUCUCCCAAGAGACUCGGACGGUCUGAAGGGUUUGAGAGUUCUGUUUUUCUUCUUCCUUUGUCCUGUGAUUGUUCUUCCCUCCUCCCCCUUGCGCCGUCCUUUGGCAUUCGGGCCACCCUGGAUGUCUCAGCUGGUUGGCAGGUGGCCCGCGCCACCGUGGGGCUGGCGCUGCUGAACGGCAUGUGCCCGUACCUCGGCCUGCGCACGCAGGCGACGUGGACGAUGUUCAGCAACUUGUGCGUCGAAGGUGGCGUCACGAACCAUUGGAUCGUCCCUGCCUCAUGGCAGAUAUUUGGCUACACGAACGAGUGCGUGACGGUGACAAGUACUGACGUGCCUGCUUUGCAAGUCUACCACGUCGUCGUGAAGCCCGCGUGCCGCCUGCGCGCCCUCGGGGACUUCGCGGAGCGGAAUGGCCUGCGUUCUGGCGUCCACGCUUGCGCCGCGGCCUUCGCCGAGGCUGAGUCCGAGGACUACGACAUAAUCUUGCCGUAUACCCUUCCGUUCGUGCAGUUGCGGCGCGCGAUCGCUAUGCAGGCGAUGUCCUACAUGCAGGAUUUCUACGUGGAGUACGAGCAUUGCGGGGCACCUCAUCGAUUCGAGGUGCAGCGGGGCCAGCUGCAGCCGGGCUCCGACGCCAGGCUCGCGCGGCCCCUGCCUGGGUUGCUGCACAAACUCAUCGCAUUCCGAUCCUCGCCCACGGCAGAGCCGGGCGGCGGCCCGGCCGGCGCUUGCUGCGCCCUCUAGCACGGGCGGCGUCGGUUGGCCACCUCACCGAUCUUGGUCGGGGCCGUCGUGGGACCAUGGACCGGUGACUGGGCCCUUGCUGCGUUGGCCAGGGGGGCGG